AUGGAGCGUCAUGUCAAAAGGGUUCCACUUCAUUUCUUAUUCGUUCUUGUGUGGUUUUUGUUCACUCUUUCUGUUAAAUCAAUGUCAAUGAAGAGGUCCUCAUAUAUUAUUCACAUGAAUGGGUCUCACAUGCCCAAGGCUUUUAGCACUCCCCACAAUUGGUACGUAUCCAUGAUUAAUAAUUCCCUUCAAUUUGCAAGCCCUACGUUAUUGGACAACCAUAAGCCCCAACCAUCUCUUCUAUACACCUAUAACAAUGUUCUUCAUGGUUUUAGUGAUGUUUUAACUCUAGAUGAAUUGGAAGCUUUAAAAAAGUAUCCAGGGUUCAUCUCAGCUUAUAUUGACACAACUAUCACGCUUGAAACCACCCACACUCCUAGCUUUCUCUCCCUUGAUGUCUCUAAUGGCAUAUGGAAUGUCUCCAACUAUGGUAAAGAUAUUAUCAUUGGAAUUUUAGAUACUGGUGUAUGGCCAGAAAGCCCCAGCUUCAAUGAUAAGGGUAUUUCUGCUGGAGUUCUAUCUAAGUGGAACGGUUCAUGUGAAGGAGGAGAAGAUUUUAAUUCUUCCAUGUGUAACGGCAAGAUUAUAGGAGUUAGGUACUUUAACAAAGGUAUGAAAGGAUUUAUAGAUCCUAGCAAAAUUAUUAGCAAAGACUCUGCUAGGGAUGAUAUAGGGCAUGGGACCCAAGUUGCCUCUAUAGCUGCAGGUAACUAUGUUGAUGAAGUGUCUUACUUCGGUUAUGCUAAAGGAACAGCCGUUGGUAUUGCACCACAUGCAAGGUUGGCCAUUUACAAAGUCUCGUGGAAUGAGGUAAGUAGAACUUCUGAUACCGUUUCAGGUCUACGUCAAGCCAUCGAUGAUGGCGUGGAUGUGAUAAACAUCUCCUUUGCCACUAAAGUAACACUGCCAUUGUACGAAGAUGCUAUUGCAGCAGCAUCAUUUUCAGCCAUGGAGAAGGGCAUAGUGGUUGUAGCCGCGGCAGGGAAUAAAGGACCGAAUGAUGAUACCGUAUCCAAUGGGAUCCCAUGGGUUUUAACUGUCACUGCAAGCACUAUUGAUCGAUGGUUUGCUGGAUCAUUGAUUUUCGGAAAUGGUGAAACUAUUUCUGGAUGGUCUAUGUUUCCAGGUGAGACCAUAUUACAGAACCUAUCAUUAGUGUACAAAAGGGCCACUCUAUCAUCAUGUACUUCACUUGAACUAUACAACGUCAAGGACAAGAUUAUCAUGUGCGAUUCAGGGAAUUUCACUGAUCAAAUUGAUUCUAUAGCUAAAUCAAAUGCAUCAGGAGCAAUAAUUGUCUCCGACAUUGCAAUAUUACGACAAAAUCAAGACAUAAGACGUUUUCCUUGUCCUUGCGUUGUGAUCAGCUCAAAAGAGGCUAGAGUUGUAAUGUCUUAUAUAAAUAUGGAGAAUAAUGAUUCGCCAAUGGUCACCAUGAACUUCAAACAAACUUUUACGAAGACAAAGCCUGCACCGACUGUGGCUUAUUAUGCUUCGAGAGGACCAUCAUUGAGCUUCCCAUAUAACUUGAAGCCAGAUAUAAUGGCACCUGGGUCAUGGGUCUUGGCUGCUUGGGUUCCAAACAUACCAGUGACCCAUACUGGUUUUAAAACAAAUUUAUAUAGUAGUUAUAUCAUAAACUCUGGGACAUCCCUUGCUUGCCCUCACGUUGCUGGUGUAGUAGCGCUUCUAAAAGCUGCACAUCCAAACUGGAGUACAACUGCCAUUAUUUCUGCCAUAAUUACCUCUGCAGAUAAAUUUGAUAAUACUUUUUCUCCAAUUCAAGACUAUAAUUCUCAUUUUGCUUCGCCUUUUGACAUGGGAGCGGGUCAUAUUAAUCCUAACAAGGCACUUAACCCAGGUUUGGUUUACGAUGCAACCCCCCAAGAUUUUGUGAAUCUAUUGUGCUCAAAGUUCAGUGAGGAGCAAGUCUUCACCAUUACUACGCGAAAUUGUUCCAACCCAUCACCUGAUUUUAAUUACCCAUCAUUCCUCUCCUUUUAUAGUGAUCGUAAAGCAUCAUUUGUUCAUACAUUUCAGAGGACCGUGACCAAUGUUGGGGAAGGUGCUGCAACUUACGAAGCUAAAGUGGUACCUGUACCUCUGUAUACUAUAGUUGAAGUCUCACCCAUGACACUGGUGUUCCAAAAGAAGUAUGAGCAACGAUCUUAUAAUGUAACUAUUACAUACAAAGGAAUGCUUAGAGAUCAGGAAUUUACAUAUGGCGAGCUGGUUUGGGUCGAUAAGACUAGGAAAUACAAGGUGAGCAGUCCUAUUGUCGUGCAUCCUAGGGUUGAAGGUGUCUUCUGA